AACAUUGAAGUCCUGUGGCUCGAAUCCUCCCAUCGUCCUCUAAUUAAGAUGGAGCUACUAUUGUUUAGCGUGGUGAUGAUUCUAAGCGUGGCUAGGCCCGGAUUGAGCAGCACAACAAGUAGUUUCAAUGUGAUGCAAUAUGGAGCAGUUGGAGAUGGUUCUACCAACGAUUCCCCGGCAUUUCUCAAGGCUUGGAAAGAGGUGUGCCAGAGUAAAUCACAGGCUUCCCAUCUCAUCAUACCAGCAAAAACGUUCUUACUCAGACCUCUUACCUUCAGGGGUCCAUGCAAACCUAAGAACAUCUACAUCCAGUUUUCAGGGAAGAUAGUGGCACCGAAAACAAAAGGAGAAUACAGUGGAUCCCAAAUAAACACAUGGCUCGGCUUCAACUACGUAGACGGUCUGAGCAUCAGUGGCAAAGGUACCAUCGAUGGACGAGGUUCUAUGUGGUGGGAUAACCCUUGCCUGGGAAAAGCAGUUCCCGGCACGAAAUGCCGUCCCCCAACGGCACUGACACUGUACAGAUGCAAUCGGUUUGAACUGAAAGGAAUAACACAUGUAAAUCCGGCAAGAAGUCACAUAACCCUAACAAGCUGCACGCAAGGCAAAUUAUCUAACCUGCGUUUAGUAGCUCCUGGAGAUAGCCCUAACACUGAUGGCAUUGACAUUUCUGGCUGCAAGAACAUCCGAGUCCUUGAUUCUUUCAUUGGCACAGGAGAUGACUGCAUUGCAAUUAGUGCGGGGUCCUCUGCUAUCAGAAUAUCAGGCAUAACUUGUGGUCCAGGCCAUGGAAUAAGCAUCGGAUCGUUGGGAACACGUGGAGAGAUCGACAAUGUGGAGGAUGUAACUGUAAGGAAUUGCACAAUAACAGAGACUUUGACCGGAGUAAGAAUCAAGACAUGGCAGGGUGGAGUUGGAUAUGCAAGAAGGAUUAGAUUUGAAGGGAUCAGAUUUGUUCGUGCCAAUAACCCCAUUAUCAUCGACCAGUUUUAUUGCCCACAUAGCACUGACUGCAAGAACGAGACGGAGGCGAUAAAAGUGAGCGAUGUUACGUACAGAGGGAUAGUGGGAACAUCAUUGACGAAGGAAGCCAUCAAGCUGAGCUGCGACCAGAACAUAGGAUGCUCCAACAUCGUCUUCGACAGAGUCUAUCUGUCUUCUGCUGUUGCUGGCCAGAAAGCCACUGCCUUUUGCCACAAUGCUCAUGGAACCUUUUCACAUACCAAACCCACUCUUAAGAAGUGCUUGCUUCCUAAUUAA